CCCUUUCUAUAACCCCCCAGCAAUUCCUCUCUCUCUCUCUCUAGAUAUAAAUAUAUAUAUAUAUAUUUAUAUCACGCAUACACAUACACACGAAGUGCCCGUAAAAACACACACAAGAAUGUGCCAACAGACAAGCAGCACAUCGUCACCCGUUAUGAAAUGCUACACAGCAGAUGAUGAUCAUGAACCAAACCAUAAUGAUCAUAACCACCCCAAGAAAGCCCAGGACACCGACAUGUUUACUUCUUUGAUCCCCAAAAGCGCAACAAAACAAUCUCAAAAACCCCACAACCCCACAACCCAUCUCUCCCUUGUCAUCCAAGAAGCCAUCUCCUUGUCCGGAAUAGCAUUCCCCAUGAUCUUAACCGGUCUACUUCUGUACUCCCGCUCCAUGAUUUCCAUGCUGUUUCUCGGCCGGUUAGGAGACUUAGCCUUAGCCGGUGGCUCCUUAGCCGUUGGCUUCGCCAACAUCACCGGCUACUCCAUCCUCUCCGGCUUAGCCAUGGGAAUGGAGCCCAUUUGCGGACAAGCUUUUGGAGCUAAAAAGUAUACCUUACUCGGGCUUUCUCUACAAAGAACAGUGCUUUUGCUCGUUUUAACUUCGUUUCCAAUAUCCCUUUUGUGGCUCAACAUGAAGAGAAUUCUUCUGUUCUGUGGGCAAGACGAAGCCAUUGCCACACAAGCUCAAGCUUAUUUGUUCUACUCGGUGCCCGAUUUAUUCGCUCAAGCUCUCUUACAUCCGCUGAGAAUUUACCUCAGAACGCAGUCAAAUACUUUGCCUCUAACUUUCUGCGCCGUUGUUUCAAUUCUUGGACACAUACCAAUCAACUAUUUUCUUGUUUCCAAGCUUAGUCUAGGCAUAAAGGGUGUGGCACUAAGUGGGGUUUGGACCAACUUCAACCUCGUAGCUUCGUUGAUCUUGUACAUACUCUUGUCGGGAGUGUACAAAAAGACAUGGGGAGGUCUGUCAAUGGAGUGCUUAAAGGGCUGGAAAUCACUGUUGAAUUUAGCCAUUCCGAGUUGCAUUUCAGUUUGUCUCGAAUGGUGGUGGUAUGAAAUCAUGAUCUUGCUUUGCGGGCUGCUAUUAAACCCCAAAGCUACAGUUGCAUCAAUGGGGAUAUUAAUCCAAACCACUUCUUUGAUCUACAUAUUCCCAUCUUCUCUAAGCUUCAGCGUCUCAACAAGAGUGGGCAAUGAAAUAGGAGGCCGAAGGCCUGAGAAGGCGAAGCUCGCCGCGGUUGUCGGGCUUUCAGGAAGCUUUGUGCUGGGAUUCUCUGCCCUGUUUUUCGCAGUAUCAGUUAGGAAUAUUUGGGCCAGCAUGUUCACUCAAGAUAAAGAGAUUAUAGCAUUGACGUCCCUUGUUCUGCCCAUAAUCGGGCUCUGUGAGCUCGGGAACUGCCCGCAGACUACGGGCUGUGGAGUUCUACGAGGCACUGCCCGGCCCAAAGUAGGAGCAAACAUCAACCUGGGAUGCUUCUAUUUGGUGGGAAUGCCGGUUGCGGUGGGCUUAGCUUUCUUCUACAAAAUGGACUUUGAGGGGCUAUGGUUGGGACUCCUGGCGGCGCAAGCAUCGUGUAUGGUGACGAUGAUGGUGGUUCUGCUGCGGACGGAUUGGGAAUUUGAGGCCCGAAGAGCGGAGGAGCUGACCGGAGGAUAUGAAAUUCUUGAUGAAAACGAGGGAGUUGAUGAUGAGAAAGAUCAGCCAAUUAAAGCAGAAAAUAAGGGAGAUUGUUUGUGUUAAUUUUAUUUUUAAAUAUUUAAUUAGGGACUUAAUUAGAUAGCAUAGUGCUUUAUAACAGAUUUUUUUCUUUCUUUUUUUUGGGGGGGGCAACUAUUGAAAUGUAAAAAGGGGAGGGAAUUAAGGAAAUUAAGAGGAGGGGUAGUCUAGGUAAGAUAUAAUUUUGGUAGGGGCAAAGGCGAAAUUUCGCUUUCUCCUUAGUGGGAUUCAAAAGUUAAUUUGACGAUGCAAUUAAUUUUUGAAUAUCAUAAUUAAUGGGAGUAAACAUAUUCUUACAGCCUUCAACAUUCAUUCAACCGCCUAUUUGUCUCCUCUACUGCAUACCUUAUUUGUGUAAUAGAAUAUAAAAGUUCAGCAUUUCUUUUA